UAUUAUUAUCAUCAUUGCGUCCACGUUGUUGUUGAUUUAUCAAAGCAAAAGGAGCGUAGAAUAUUUGUGAUAUAUAAAUUGAUCAAGAGUAAUAAUAUUUAUAAUAUAAUAAAAUGGGCACUUUGGAAACAGCAAAAAAAAUAGCAGCUUACAAAGCCGUUGAUGAGUAUGUUACGCCGAAUUCUAUAAUUGGAAUUGGUAGCGGAUCAACAGUUAUUUAUGCAGUAAAUAGAAUUGCUGAGAAAAUUAAUGAAAAUGGAUUGAAUGUUAUUUGUGUGCCAACUUCUUUCCAAGCACGUCAAUUAAUUAUCAAUAACCAUUUAACACUUGGUGAUCUUGAUACACAUCCAAAGUUGGAUUGUGUUAUUGAUGGUGCAGAUGAAGUUGAUGCUGAUAUGACAUUAAUUAAAGGUGGAGGUGGUUGUUUAUUACAAGAAAAAAUAGUUGCAUCUUGUACAAACCAAUUAAUAAUUAUUGCUGACCAUACUAAAAAUUCAGAAAGACUUGGACAGCAGUAUAAAAAAGGAAUACCUAUUGAAGUCGUUCCUAUGGCUUAUGUACCAAUUAAAAAAAAUAUUCAAGAUAAUUAUGGCGGCACUGUUCAAAUUCGCAUGGCUAUUGCUAAAGCCGGUCCAGUUAUAACAGAUAAUGGAAAUUUUAUAUUAGAUUGGCAUUUUCCAUUCGAACAGGAAAAAUCAUGGAAUAAAAUAAGUAGUGAGAUUAAACUAAUUCCUGGAGUAAUUGAAAUAGGUUUGUUCGUGAAUAUGGCUAAAAAAGUAUAUUUUGGAAUGCCAGAUGGUAGUGUUAAGAUACAAGAAUUUGAAUAAUUAAUAUGUAUAGUAGGGUGUUUCAAAAAAAAAAAAACAAUUUCUUUUUUUUUAUGGUGUACAAAAGCUGAAAGUAUAACUAAAAAUAAAAAUUGUUUGUUUUUUUGAAACACCCAAAUGUAUAGCCAUUUGUUUUACUGAUUAAUAACAAUUUUCUCAUAAAUUUGCAUUACUUAAUUAUUAAGAUUAAUUAUUAUAAAGAUAUCAAGUAAUAAUUCAAACUUACUAUUUGAUAACGUUAUAUACUAAAGAUUAUUAAAUUUAUUGAUAUUAUUUUUAUUAAAAAUAAGUUGAACAUACUGUUUUUAACUUUUUUACAAUUUUUUUUCGUACUUAAUUUUUUGUCAAUAACUAAUUAAAUAAAUACCUAUGUAACAUGAUUUUAAUUAAAAAUGAAAGAUAAAACUAUUAAAUUUUAUUUAAUAAAAAAUAUAUAGCUCUAUAAUCUCAUUAAUUGAUUAUUACAUAAUUUAUAAAAUUAUUAAAUAUUCAUUAUUUUAUUAUAACUUAGAGCAAAGAGAUUAAUCUAUAAAAUCCUUUGGACACACGUGCGAUGUACAUUUCAUAUAGUUAUACAUGUAAUGUAUCCACGUGUAUUAGAACACGUGAAUUAUCGCUUGAUUGACAUAUUAUAUUAUCCAUGUAUUUUUUUUUUAUUAAUUUAAUUAACUUAAUAAUAAAUAAUAUAAUGUUU